GUUUAACUAAAAUUGAGUUGCUUCUUAAAAGUUUAUAUAAUGAUAAAAAUAUUAUAAAAAAUGUUGCAUUAAAAACUGUAUAUAAUAGUGCAAGAGACCAAAAUAGCAAAUUUAUUCAAGCUAUUUUUUGGGCAUAUUAUGCUUUUACUUUCUGA